AUUUUCGGAUCUGAUUUGGAUCCAAACCCGUUUUAUGGAUCCGAGUCGGAUCAUCCGACUCAUACCGGAAUCACUUAAAGAGAGAAGAGGUAGAGCAAUGUUAUUGAAGCAUGGAUUCGAGUAAACGGCGAAAGAUAUUGGAGAAGAAGAAGAAGAUUCAUGACGUCAUAAAAAGAGCUUCUUCCAGACUCGAUCCUCUUUCUCCCUUUGAUUCCUUCCGCCGUUACACAAAAAAUGACUUAUCUGUCUACUUGGAACCUGGCCGUGGAGACAGACUUUCCUCGUCCCUGAAACAACACAUUCGAAAGCUCUUGAAGAAGAACAUGGAAGGAUUCUACGGGUCUGAUUGGCCAAUUCAAGCAAAGGUGAAGCGUAAGGAGAUGUCUUCUCCAGACGCACGCUAUAUAUUUGUUCGGGAGCUGCGUUAUGGUAAAGCCUAUGAGGAAGGGUGUGAUCAGAUUGCUGGAUUCGUGCAUUACCGGUUUACGUUAGAGGAAGAGAUACCUGUCCUUUAUGUGUAUGAAAUACAGCUGGAGUCUCGGAUUCAAGGGAAAGGAUUGGGAGAGUUUUUGAUGCAGUUGAUUGAGCUUAUUGCUUCCAAGAAUCAGAUGAGUGCUGUCGUGCUGACUGUUCAAACAUCCAAUGCAUUGGCAAUGACUUUCUACAUGAGCAAGCUAGGAUACAGAAUAUCAAGCAUUUCACCAUCAAAAACUAAUCUUCCGGUACAGAAUCAACUUUCUCGGCCAAGUAUGAGAUACUUUGCAAAACGUUUGAUUCCGAAGCUAAAUCUGUGUUGGAGAAGAAUGACGGAGAACCAACGAAAGAUUGCGUAUCAAGCAUGUAGUUGUAUUGUACCGUACAGUUAUAAAACAGAGGCAGAUGAAGACUUUGGUUCCUUCGAUGGCAGUUCAUACUUUCAAACCAAGAGACAGAGAAACCUGAAAUGCGAAAGUCAUUUUGUUUUGCAUUGAACACCAUUCUGAAAACCGGAGUACUCCGCAACAAACCAGAGUAGUUAGACUAUUUGUGGUGAGCUGUGAGUAUUUGUAUGGUUUCUUAACCUUUAGAAGAGGUUGUACAGAAUUGUAAAUUAGGACUUGGGAGUGACUAGAGAGAGUGAGAAACGAAUCUUGUACUGGGUUUUGAUAUUUUAUGAAACAGAUUAAUUUGACAA